AUGAAGGAUUCCAUAGCUACAACUACCCACGACCUCUGUAAAUCUUGGGAAAAAGAAGUUUUGGGGCAAUUCCAAGUUCUCAUCAAAGAUCCUGCACUUAGACUCAGCGUGGUAUGGUGCGCCGGAGCAAUCGGACUCGUUGUCAUCUGCAUGAACUUCCUUGUAAUUUGUUCAAUUAUUCGCGCGAAAAAUUUGCGACACAAUUCCGUCUACAUCUUUGUAUUCAGCAUGGCGGUUGCGGAUCUUCUAGCGGCAGUUGUGUUUCUCUCUAUAUUUCUAAGAUUUCAUCUGACAAAAGAUGAACAAGGAACAGAUGAUAUUCCACGAAACAGUACAGUUACAGAAUUGUAUCAGUUACUUAAGACGAACGACAGGAAACUUCAAGGAUAUCUCAUCCAACUAAUGAUGGUGACCACAUGUUUCACUGCUUCUGUUGGAAGUUUGGUACUUACUGCUGUUGACAGAUUUAUUGCAGUGGUCAAGCCAUUCGAAUAUCAUUCCGUAGCCACAAGAAAACGAUGUGUUUUCGCUGUUGUUCUGAUGUGGGCAAUUUCGAUUCUAGUUUCCUCUCUGCCUGUAGCGGGAUGGAGAUGCUCAUUUGGAUGUCAAGGAUUUCCCAAACAUGGUUGUUCACAACUGUAUCCGGGGAUAUCUAGAGGAUACCUAACGUUUUAUGUGAUUUUUAUUGUGUUUCUUCUUGUGUUCGUGACAAGCAUGUACAUUUAUAUAUUUACUGUUGUAUGGAAACAUUACAAAUAUAACUGUGCUGUGGCAUCAAAACAGAAAAAAUAUUUAAACUAUCCAUCAUCGACUUGGCCCAGAACUAAAAAUACUCCAAUAAAGAUGCCAGCUAAUCAUCGAAUCACAACAAAUCUGAAUGCGCCAACGAAGCCCGAUAUUCAGUCAGGAAGACGGACAAAAAUACUACCUGGACUCAACAACUGUCCUUGUAAAACUGAAAGCAAAUCCAGCCAAGAAUCAAGUCUUUAUGAACUCGAAAUGAUUAACUGUAACCCGCAGAAUACUUCUUUGGAGAAAAGCAGAAGCGGGUCAAGAUGCUACGAACUUCGCAAAGAAAGUUUUCGUUUCGUUUUGAUCGUUGAGGAAGAAAAUGACGAAGAAUUCAGUGAUUUUAAAAGAGAAAAAGAAAGAGCAACGAGUUUUAGAGGUUUUUUGUUCUAUGGAAAUACUGAAAAUUCAACACCCCCUACAGCGAAAAGCGGAUUGGAUUCCGAUAGCAAACCCACAAUAUCGCCAAUCAAGCCAGCAAAAAGAAGGUCAAGCAGAUUUGACUUCAAAAGAAACAGACAUCAGAUGCAGAUUAUACAGACACUAAUAUUAAUUCUAGGUAUACUUAUCAUUUGCUGGGUGCCAUCAUUGACUUUCAUGAUUCUGGAUCUUCUCAUGAACAUUAACAAAGACAUGAAGAAAGUAUUUGCGUUUCUGGCACUAUUAACUUUACUAAAUUCAGCAGCUAAUCCUGUUGUAUACGCAAUAAGAUUGAAAGAACUGCGGGGAAUCGCUAGUACACUGCUAUGUUGCUUAAAACGUCCAAGACAAAGAUGA